GGACUGGUGAGUAGUGGGCGAUUUAAAAACCCGCGAGUGUAGUUGUGACCUUCGCUGUAGGUGCCGGUUGGGGCCGGCUGUGAUUGUUAUCUUGGUGCUGCAGAGGACAGCAGAAGAGGAGACUGGGUCAGAAAACUGCCCUGCCGCACCAGAGCACAGCGCAGUAGUGGGACAGGGGUCCUGACUCAGACUUACUGGCUGUGUCUCGUGGUUUUUCACUGUCCUGGAAAAGGCCUGAAGUGGCACUGAAAUGAGGCAUAGGUGAGGUAACGUCGAGGGAGCGGUUUGCAGGUUGCAAAGGGGCCCUACUGAUGCUGCUUAAUAGUAAACAGUGCUUACUCUAGGACGGGAGUUGUUUCCAGCUUUACGUGUAAAUCUCGCGAUAUUGUGGCCUGGGCACUAUUUUCAUUAAGGAGGAAACUGCACAGGAUAAGUCAUUUACCUGCUGUUGCACAGCUCUGGCUCUCGGAUUCAGGCUGGCUUCAGAGUCGGUGCUCUUAACCGCCAUACUAUGUUGCCUUCUGUUGUCGUUGUUGACUGUGGCCAUGUAGCCUCGCAGUUUCCUCAUCUGUAACAGUAAAUAACUCAAAACCUGCAUGAUGGUCCACUAGGGUUUCACUUUCGAGCUUGCCAGAUGUAGAAAAUGCUGGAGAAUGGAGUACUAUGAGGACCAUUAGAAGAUCUUCCAAGGCCGGACGCAGUGGCUCACCCCUGUAAUCCCAGUACUCUUGGAGGCCGAGGCAGGUGGAUCACUUGAGCGCAGGAGUUUGAGACCAGCCUGGGCAACAUGGCGAAUCCCCAUCUCUACUAAAAAUACAAAAAUUAGCCAGCCUCCCGAGUAGCUGGGACUACAGGUGCACACCACCACGCCCAGCUAAUUUUUGUAUUUUUAGUAGAGACAGGGUUUCACCAUGUUGGCCAGGAUGGUCUUUAUCUCUUGACUUUGUGAUCCUCCCGCCUCGGCCUCCCAAAGUGCUGGGAUUACAGGCGCCCCGCCACAUUAUUCUGUUUUUUGGUAAAGCACAUUGUAAUGCCAGUAUAUACCACCCCAACUCCAAAUUCUGUUGCAAUCAGGGGAGGCGGGCAGUGUCAUUCUAUGCAGUAAGCAUUUAGUGCUGGCUUAUAUUAGUGAUACUGAGAUUUAUUGAAGUUAGUUCCUAUUACAUAGUAGCUUUAGCAUAAUGGGCACACACAGAAUUAUGAGAAUACUGAGGGGUGGGGAGCCUUGGGAAGGAUGCUGAAAAGGGAGGUCAAGAAAAGUUUUAUUUAAGAAGUUGGAGGGGGCUUGGGAAAAGGAAAGGUAAUAUUUAGAGAAAUGGAUUAGGGAGGAGGUUGGUUGAAGCAAGGGUAGGGAGAAUAAGAACAAGGGUGCGCAAGGCAGGAGACGGGAUGGACGUUUAUGUAUUAUGUACCAGGCUUUCCUAGGUUACAUAAUUCAUUUGCUCCUCUGGAUGACCUGUGAAGUGGGUUAUAGUAUCUCUGUUUCGUAGGUGAGAAAACAAGAUUGGAGAGGUUAAAUGGCUUACCUAAGUUACAGUGUGCUGGUAAGUGGCGGAGCCACUAUUUGAACCCAGAUCUCUAUGACGACAGCUCUUUUGCCCAUAUGUUUUGAUGCCUCAAAGAUCCAGGCCUAAAGUGUACCUGUGUACCAUUUUCUUUGUUUUGACUUCAGAAACUUGAACUUUACCUGAUUUCUGUAUGUUGUCAUCUUGCGUACGCCCAGUCCCCACGACAGUCCGGUUUGUAGAUUCCCUGAUCUGCAAUUCUUCCCGUUCCUUCAUGGAUUUGAAGGCUCUCCUUUCUUCCUUGAAUGACUUUGCAUCCCUCUCGUUUGCUGAGAGUUGGGACAAUGUUGGAUUACUGGUGGAACCAAGCCCACCACAUACUGUAAAUACACUCUUCCUGACCAAUGACCUGACUGAGGAAGUGAUGGAGGAGGUGCUGCAAAAGAAGGCAGACCUCAUUCUCUCCUACCAUCCGCCUAUCUUCCGACCCAUGAAGCGCAUAACCUGGAACACCUGGAAGGAGCGCCUGGUGAUCCGGGCUCUGGAGAACAGAGUCGGUAUCUACUCUCCUCACACAGCCUAUGAUGCUGCGCCCCAGGGCGUCAACAACUGGUUGGCUAAGGGGCUUGGAGCUUGUACCUCCAGGCCCAUACAUCCUUCCAAAGCUGCCAACUACCCUACAGAGGGAAACCACCGAGUAGAAUUCAACGUUAACUACACCCAAGACCUGGACAAAGUCAUGUCUGCAGUGAAAGGAAUUGACGGUGUUUCUGUCACUUCUUUUUCUGCUAGGACUGGUAAUGAGGAACAAACACGGAUUAAUCUGAAUUGUACUCAGAAGGCUUUGAUGCAGGUGGUAGAUUUUCUUUCCCGGAACAAACAACUUUAUCAGAAGACGGAAAUUCUGUCACUGGAGAAGCCUUUGCUUCUACAUACUGGAAUGGGACGGUUAUGCACACUGGAUGAAUCUGUCUCCCUGGCAACCAUGAUUGAUCGAAUAAAAAGACACCUAAAACUAUCUCAUAUUCGCUUAGCCCUUGGGGUGGGGAGAACCUUAGAGUCUCAAGUCAAAGUCGUGGCCCUGUGUGCUGGUUCUGGGAGCAGCGUUCUGCAGGGUGUCGAGGCUGACCUUUACCUCACAGGUGAGAUGUCCCAUCAUGAUAUUUUGGAUGCUGCUUCCCAAGGAAUAAAUGUCAUCCUCUGUGAACACAGCAACACUGAACGAGGCUUUCUUUCUGACCUUCGAGAUAUGCUGGAUUCUCACUUGGAGAAUAAGAUAAAUAUUAUCCUAUCAGAGACUGACAGGGACCCUCUUCAGGUGGUAUAAUUGCAGAAACAUCAGGAUAACACAUUCUACAAAUCAGCUGGAUGCCAACUUAAAUUUGUAACAUGAGUCAGUGGGACUGGUGUGCUUCCAGAGAGUGUCUUCGAGGGUAUCAUCAUUUCUGGUUUGUUAAUCUUAUUCACCAAAUGUUCUGUCGCUCGUAAGGUAAAACUGUAAUAUAACUACCAUAUUAAAUAACAAAUGUUCAUUAUAAACUCUAGGAAAGAUUGAAUAAAAUCUGUUUACUUAA